GUGUGCGUGUGUCGAGCUCUCUGGCGUCGCGAUCAGGUCGCGAUGAAGAGGGUCUUUCCACUCUCUAAUAUUGGUUGAAAGUGAUAGUACGAUCCGCCCACAUCUAUCGUUUUGCUACACUGACGUCACACUCUUCAUAAUAAUAAUAUUUACGUUUUGGUAUUCCUUUGCGGCUUUGCCAGCUGCAAAACUGUCAUAAUGCCAAGUGAAAUAAUCAUAAGUACAGGCGCAUAAUAUAAUUUCUACAUUUGUCUACGCCCAUAAGUGCUCGCCUUUUAUAAGUGUUGCUUUUCUGGAACUCUGACAAAUUCAGGAAAUUCAAAGCGGAAACGAUGGAAGUAUUGCUUCGUCCUGCCUCCUGGCCAGUGCAGUCCGCAGCACGCGGCUGAGUGCAUACGACACAUCGAAUGUAACUCGUCUCGCGGACAGGUCGCUUGCCUAAAUCGGCUGCUGUUGGUUGCCUCUGUGCAAAUUUACGUUGUAAGGAUUAUUAGAUGGGAACGAUGACUACUCAAGGAACGGUGCCUAAAAGUUCUUAUACUUUUUUGAAACUUCAACUCGUAGCCGUGUGCUGUUUAGCAUUCUGGUUAUUUGUAUCUCCGCCUAAACUGGAUUAUUUGAAACACACCUUCAGCAGCCAACCAGCUAGAACUCCUUUGAUUUCAUCCACAUCAAAUAUUGAUCGCGGCUCGCGGUUGUUCCAGUCGUCGUUGCAUCGCCCUGGUGGAACUACACGGGAUGGGCUUCCCGAAACCUCCCCAUCAUCUAGGUCCGAUGAUGUAGCCGAGGUAUUACUUACAGGAAAGGAUCAUACAGUGAAACCAACACCAACUCUUUCACAAGAGAACAUUACCAACACAAUAGUUGAAAUUGAGCCGGCGGAAGAACCUCAGCAUACAUGGAUGAUAAAAUGGCAAGACAGGGACUUUUCUAAGACCAAGAAAUUACCCAUCACUGAAGGAUACACUUGGAAUAAUACAAGAGAGGAGGUCAAAAGGCAUGUCAUAUUCAACCGAGUGGGCAAGUGUGGGAGUCGAUCUGUUCUAAAUCUACUUCAAAGUUUGGCGAAAAACAACCACUUCUAUCUCAUCUCGUCGCAAGUAUACAAUGACAAACGCAUCAGUUCAGAGAAUCAGGAAAAACUUGUGUCGAUCCUCAGCAAAGUACAGAGUCCAUUCAUCUAUCAGAGACAUCUCCAUUUUAUCAAUUUUACAGAAUAUGGCUUCCAGCACCCUACGUACAUCAACAUUAUCCGAGAUCCACUAGAGAGGGCAGUGUCACAGUAUUAUUUCAUUAGGUUCGGAGAUGAGAAGAAACAGGAGCGACGGUUCAGCCAGAAUUCCACCGAUCCUCGUAAAUUAAUGAGUUACGAGCAGUGUGUCAUCCAGCAGGUGCCGGAGUGUAUUGGAAAAAGAGCCUUCUAUAUUGUCCCUUUCUUCUGCGGCCACGACCCUAGAUGCAGGUUUCCAACAGCAUGGGCUUUAGAGCGAGCUAUUGAGAAUGUCAAAAAGCAUUAUGUGGCAGUGGGAAUCCUAGAAGAGCUACAGGACUCCUUGCAGGUCUUUCAGAAAGUUCUACCAGACAUGUUUAGUGGAGCCUUAGAUACAUUCCUUAGAUUCGAACAAAUCGCUAACAGGAACAAGACGUCUGUUGGUGUGACUCAAUACAAGAAGAAACCCUCAACCAAGACUGCCCUCUAUGUCAAAAAUGUUUUAAUGAAGUACGAAUAUCAGUUUUACAACUGGAUAAAAAAUCGCAUGCAUCAACAAAUGGCUGAUUUAGGAAUCAAGUCUUAUCAUAAAAGUUACAGAUGAAAAGAGGAUAUUCUUUAGGAUAUCUAGUACCUUUUUUUAAACCUUAUUUAUUGCAAUAAAACCAAAAUCAUUUCAAACUUUUUAUACAUUUUUUUUGAAUUCCUGUAUCUUUGCUAACGUGAUUUUUCCCAGCAAUGCCUUUUUUGUCUUCCAAGUCAUUAUUUUAUGACAGUUUAACUUUUGUAUUAACUUCAUAGGCAGCAUCGUUGUAUUUCCCCCAUCUCUCAUUGUUUUAAAUCAAGAACACUGUAGUAAGUGAACAAAUUUGAACAGGCAUUUGUCCUGUGGUCAGUGAAUUGCUGAUUGGUCUACAACCAGUUUUUCUACUAUCCAAUUAGUCUACCGUAUUCCCAUAUGGUCUACACCCAGCCCGUCUACCAUCCACAUGUUCUAAUUAUCAUUUUGUCUUCUUAUCAUUUGGUUUAAUGAACUAUAGUCGAAUAGCCAUUCGGUCUAAUAUCCAAUUAGUCUACUGCCCAUUUGGUCUACUAUUCAUUUAGUCUAAUAACCAGUUGCUCUAAUUCCCAUUUCGUCUACAAUCCUUAAAGUCUCAUAAUCAUUCGAUUAUUAUUAUUAUUAUUAUUAUUCAUGGUUAAAUGAUUAUAUAACGAUAUGGAUAAUGCACAAAAUGGGCAUUAGACUUCAUGAGCAAUAGACCUAAUGAAAAGUAGAAAAAUGAUUAUAAGACUAUAUAAUAGGGAUAGUAGUCCGACUGGUUGUAGACCAUAUGGGAAUAGACCUAUUGAGAAGUAGACAAACUGGUUGUUGACCAAACGGCAAUAAGCCCGAUGCCAGGCCCAGCUGUUUGAGGGGGAAUCGGAAUGACUGAUGUUGUUCAAAAUCUUAUUCCAAUGAUCACGUUGAAUGCAUGUAGGAUUAGAAGUUUUCAAUGGAGAAAAUAGAAUUACAUGUAUAUGAAUUUAUAUUGACAACUUCAAAAUUUCAUGUCUGUGUUAUUUCUUAACAGAUUUUGCUGCAACUUUCACUGAUCUUUUUCUUUGAAGUUUUGUUUUGCUUUCAUUAAAACCAACUUAAUAUCGGGCUGAACUUCCCCUUUUACAGUGACUGCAUCAAUUUAUUUGUUAAACUUUUGCAAGAAAAAGUCUUUCUUGCAGAUACCAAAGCAAUCAUGUCUUAGGCUAUGACAGCGUUUUUUUAACCUUUUUUUUUAGUCUUGGCACCUUUUUAGAAAUUAAACAAAUUUGCAUCACCCCAUUCCAAAGUUCAUCACUGUGACUCUUAAUAUAGAUAUAGGCAUAUGGCACAUAAUGACAUUAAAUUGCUCAUGUGUGGGCAGAUGCCUCUUGCCAGAAUACAAAUUUUAUUUGGUUUCCAAAUUUAGAAAGCGAGGGAACUGAGGGAGCAACAACAACAAAAAUGACACUGUUGUGGCAAAAAUAAUAGUUUGUGACCAGUUGAUAACAUAUUGGUGUAUUGUAUGUUUUAAAUAUAACUAAAUCUCUCUUGUGGCAACCAGGUUAGAACACGCUGGGCUAUGAUUCUGUAUUAACCAAAAAUAUAGCUUGAAGAACAUUGAAAAUUAUUAUGAGAAUGAAUGUGAUAAUGGUGGUAGGUUCUGUUUUUCGAAACUAUUAAACGCAUACUUUUCAAUGAAUAAAAGGGACUAACCCUGUUAUACAUGUGUGUACCAGUUCUAGUCACCUUUCGUGUUACCAGCAAUUUGUAAAUAUAUUUAUUUAUCAAUACGAUAGUAUCAAAUCAAAGUAUGAUUAGACAAUUUUAACAAAAUUGAUAUGUGCUUAUUACUUAACACCUGUACAUAGCCCCCAAAAAGAAUCUUUUUGAUAAAUUAUCAGCUUCGAUCCAUGCUCUAUGCUGUUUCUUUUCUAUAAUGAAUAUGUGUGUGAGAUUUAUGAUAAAGUUUUGAUGAAUUCAUAUUUGAUUAAAAAACAAAGUCAAUA